UAAAGGCAGAGUCGAAAGUUUGUCAAGAAAUACUUUAUCAAUAUUCUGGAAUAAUUUUAAGAUAUUCUAUGUUUCAAGACGCCCCAGCAGGAAUCAUCUGGUCUGGAUCAGCAUAGAAAUGGAUGGAUCUGCUUCUGAAAUGCGCCCCCCUGUGGGGUGUAACAGAAAGAGCCCUGAGAGUGUCCUGAUGAAGAGAGCAGACUCCCCUGUACCCAGCUGUGUUUCCAUGAAGAGUGACAGGUCAAUGAAGCAACCAGUCAAAUUCAGAGAGGAACCUUUUCCUACAGAUCAAAGUGUCCUGAUGAAGAGAGCAGACUCCCCUGUACCCAGCUGUGUUUCCAUGAAGAGUGACGUGUCAAUGAAGCAACCAAUCAAAUUCAGAGAGGAACCUUUUCCUACAGAUCAAAGAGACCAAAUGGAAGAAUGCAGUUCAGAUCUACAUGAUAAAUCGGGUUUAUCAUCCAUAUUGAAGUCUCUAGAGGAAAAAGCCAUGAAGUUCCUAAAGGAGGAACUGAAGACGUUUGUGAGGCACCUAGAUCAGAAUUACCCAGAAUUCUCUGAGCCUCAGCUGGAGGAGGACAAUGACCUGGACUGUGAUGGUCAGAUGCAGAAGACCAGUGUUAGAGAGGUAGCUCUGAAGAUCACACUGUACAUCCUGAGGACCAUGAAGCAAAAUGAUCUUGCUGACCUGCUGGACAAGAGACAGCUCAUGCUACAGGAUAUCAAAGCUAAACUUAAGAAGCAAUUUGAGUGUGUAUUUGAAGGGAAAGCUAAGGAAGGACAGCCAACACUUCUCAGUGAGAUUUACACAGAACUCUACAUAACUGAAGGUGGGACUGGAGCAGUCAAUGAUGAACAUGAAGUGAGACAGAUUGAAACAGCAUCCAAGAAAAGGCGAACAGAAGAUACUACAGUCAAGUGCAAAGAUAUAUUUAAACCCUUAUGUGGGCGUGUGACACCGAUCAGAACUGUACUCACGAAAGGGGUGGCAGGUAUCGGGAAAACAGUCUCUGUGCAGAAAUUUAUUCUCGACUGGGCAGAAGGAAAAGCAAACCAGGAUGUUCACUUCGUAUUUGCUCUUCCUUUCCGGGACCUGAAUUUGAUUAAGGGUGAAUACAGUCUGAUUGAACUGCUUCACCACUUUGUCCCAGAACUGAAAUCAUUUGAAUCCACUGACCUGUUUAGCUCCAAAGUCUUGUUCAUCUUUGAUGGUCUGGAUGAGUGUCGCCUUCCUCUGGAUUUUCAGAACAAUGAGAGCUGGUUUGAUGUAACAAAGAAAACGUCACUGGAUGUGCUGUUGACUAACCUCAUUAAGGGGAAUCUGCUCCCAUCCGCUCUCCUCUGGAUAACCUCCCGGCCAGCAGCAGCCAAUCAGAUACCUCCUGAGUGUGUCCACCAGGUGACAGAGAUACGAGGGUUCAGUGAUGCCCAGAAGGAGGAGUAUUUCAAGAAGAGAUUUAAUUAUCAGAGCCUGGCCAGCAGGAUUAUCGCACAUGUGAAAUCAUCAAGGAGCCUCUUCAUCAUGUGCCACAUACCUGUGUUCUGCUGGAUUUCAGCCACUGUGCUUGAGAGGCUUUUUAGCGAGACUGACAGUGGAGAAAUUCCAAGGACUCUGACUGAAAUGUACACACACUUCCUGAUCUUUCAGACAAGUUUAAAAAAUGACAAGUAUAUGAAAAACCAUGAAACUAAGCUUAAGAAAUACAGCAAGGAAUUCCUUUUAAAACUUGGUAAACUUGCUUUUGACAACCUUGAGAAAGGCAAUCUCAUAUUUUAUGAGCAUGAUCUGUCAGAGAAUGGCAUUGAUGUCACUGAAACUUCAGUUUACUCUGGAGUGUGCACAGAAGUCUUUAAAGAGGAGUAUGGGUUGUACCAGGAGAAGGUGUACUGCUUUGUGCAUCUGAGCAUCCAGGAGUAUCUCGCUGCUUUAUACGUGUUUCUGUCAAACUCAUCAGCUGACCUGCUGAAGACUGCAGUGAAUCAGGCAUUAGAGAGCAAGAAUGGACACUUGGACCUCUACCUCCGCUUCCUCCUGGGCCUCUCAACAAACUCCAGUAAGACUCUGUUACGAAGGCUACUGGGACAGACAAGAAUCAGCUCACAUACCAUUAAGGAUACAGCCCUGUACAUCAAGAGGAAAAUAAAGGAGAAUUUAUCUCCAGAAAGGACCAUCAAUCUGUUCCACUGUCUGACUGAACUGGGUGACAAUUCUCUAGUAGAGGAAGUACAAAGAUACCUGAAUUCAGGAAACAUUUCAGCAGAUGUCCUCUCACCUGCACAGUACUCAGCUCUGGCCUUUGUGAUGCUGAUGUCAGACGAGGAGCUGGAUGUGUUUGAUCUGAAAAAAUAUAUCAGAUCAGAUGAAGAGCACUGCAGGCUGCUGCCUGUGGUCAAGAACUCCAGGACGGCUCUGCUGAACAGCUGUGAUCUCAUAGAUAAACACUGUGAAGUGCUGUCUUCAGCUCUCAGAUCAAACUCCUCACCCCUGAGAGAGCUGGACCUGAGUGACAAUGACCUGCAGGACUCAGGAGUGAAGCUGCUCUCUGCUGGACUGGGGGACUUACACUGUAAACUGGAGAUACUGAGGCUGUCAGGCUGUAGAGUCACAGAAGAAGGCUGUUCUUCCCUGGCUUCAGCUCUGAGGUCAAACCCCUCACACCUGAGAGAGCUGGAUCUCAGCUACAAUCACCCAGGAGACUCAGGAGUGAAGCUGCUCUCUGCUGUACUGGAGGAUCCCAGCUGUAAACUGGAGAAGCUGCAGGUGGGCCGGUGUGAACUCACAGAGAAAUGCUGUGAGGCACUGGCUUCAGCUCUCAGAUCAAACUCCUCACCCCUGAGAGAGCUGGACCUGAGUGACAAUGACCUGCAGGACUUAGGAGUGAAGCUGCUCUCUGCUGGACUGGGGGACUUACACUGCAACCUGGAGAUACUGAGACUGUCAGGCUGUAGAGUCACAGAAGAAGGCUGUUCUUCCCUGGCUUCAGCUCUGAGGUCAAACCCCUCACACCUGAGAGAGCUGGACCUGAGCUACAAUCACCCAGGAGACUCAGGAGUGAAGCUGCUUUCUGCUGUACUGGAGGAUCCCAGCUGUAAACUGGAGAAGCUGCAGCUGUCAGGCUGUAGAGUCACAGAAGAAGGCUGUUCUUCCCUGGCUUCAGCUCUGAGGUCAAACCCCUCACACCUGAGAGAGCUGGAUCUGAGCUACAAUCACCCAGGAGAUUCAGGAGUGAAGCUGCUCUCUGCUGCACUGGGGGAUUUACACUGUAAACUGGAGAUACUGAGGCUGUCAGGCUGUAGAGUCACAGAAGAAGGCUGUUCUUCCCUGGCUUCAGCUCUGAAGUUAAACCCCUCACACCUGAGAGAGCUUGACCUGAGCUACAAUCACCCAGGAGAUUCAGGAGUGAAGCUACUCUCUGCUGUACUGGAGGAUCUCAGCUGUAAACUGGAGAAGCUGCAGGUGGGCCGGUGUGAACUCACAGAGAAAUGCUGUGAGGCACUGGCUUCAGCUCUCAGAUCAAACUCCUCACCCCUGAGAGAGCUGGACCUGAGUGACAAUGACCUGCAGGACUCAGGAGUGAAGCUGCUCACUGCUGGACUGGGGGACUUACACUGUAAACUGGAGAUACUGAGGUCAGUCUGACUGGGUAUUCCACACUGUAAACUGGGGGUAGUGAGGUGAGUAUUACUGGGUAUUUCACACUGUACGCUGGAAAUACUAAGGUAGAAAAUAACUAAUGAUUUCAAAAUAAAGCAGGAGUAUCUAAGUCUAGGGGUUGACUUAAAAAAUAACAUUAGAUUCGCUACAGUAAGUGGAAUGUCGAAAGUAAGACUGCAUUGGAUGUUAAGGAUGACAUUAAAAGUUUCUUCCAAUAUUUUAACUCCAAAAGAGCUCUAAAAGCUGAAAUCACUCAUCUGCAGGAUAGUAACGGCCUUAUAAUUGAAAAUGAAAAUUGAUAUAGUAAAUGAGUUUAAUGAUUAUUUUACACGGGUGUUCACAGUAGAGGACAUGCUUAACUUACCACCAUUUAGUACAAAUACAGUGUCCUAUAUAAACAAUAUACAGUCCCUCCACAAUUAUUGCCCCCCUUGUAAAGAUUUGUAAAAA